AUGGAUUUUGUACCAAGACUGAGCAGCGUUUUGAUUUUGGUGCUCUCUGGUUUGUGGCAUUUAGGAUUAACAGCGACAAAUUACAAUUGUGAUGAUCCAUUGGCAUCCUUCCUGUCAUUAAGAGCUUUCAUCAGCUCCUCAGAUCUCACUGGACGUUUCAGCCCAGCUCAACUCAACUGGAGAAUGGGAACUGGUGGUUGGUCGCCAGCAGAUUCCGAUGCCCAACCAUGGCUACAGAUUGACCUUGGAAAUAGAGUGGAGAUUACAGCAGUGGCCACACAGGGAAGAUAUGGGAGCUCUGACUGGGUGACAAGCUAUCACCUGAUGUUCAGCGACAGUGGGCACAACUGGCAACAUUACAAACAAGAAGACAGCAUCUGGACAUUUGUAGGAAACAUGAAUGCCGACAGUGUGGUUCACCACAAACUGCUGCACCCCAUGAGAGCCCGCUUUGUUCGCUUUGUGCCCCUGGAGUGGAAUCCAGAUGGAAAGAUUGGCAUGAGAGUGGAAGUCUAUGGAUGCUCCUACAGAUUGGAUGUUGCUGACUUUGAUGGCCAGAGUUCACUACUAUAUAGGUUCAAUCAGAAGACAAUGAGCACCAUCAAAGAUGUGAUCUCUCUUAAGUUCAAGAGCAUGCAACGUGAUGGGGUUCUGUUCCAUGGGGAAGGACAACGUGGAGACCACAUCACCCUAGAGCUCCAUAAGGGCAGACUAGCCUUAUACCUGAACCUGGAUGGCAGCAAAGCCCGGGUCAGCAGCAAUGAACCCUCGGCCAUCCUGGGUAGUCUUCUGGAUGACCAGUACUGGCACUCAGUUCUCCUAGAGCGUGUGGGGAAGCAGGCAAACUUCACCGUGGACAGGAACAAGAAGUACUUCCGGAUCAAGGGUGAGACCGAUUCCCUGGACAUAGACUAUGAGCUCAGUUUUGGAGGAAUUCCCGUACCAAGCAAACCUGGGACCUUUUUAAAGAAAAACUUCCAUGGCUGUAUUGAAAAUCUUUACUACAAUGGAGUGAACAUAAUUGACUUGGCUAAAAGGCGCAAGCAUCAGAUCUACUCAGGCAAUGUCACAUUUUCUUGCUCAGAACGACAAAUUGUCCCCAUCACAUUUGUCAACUCCAAGAGCAGUUAUUUACUUUUGUCUGGCACUCCCCGAAUUGAUGGUCUGUCAGUGAGUUUCCAGUUUCGAACAUGGAAUGAGGAUGGUCUGCUUCUGUCCACAGAGCUGUCUGAAGGCUCAGGGACACUGCUGCUCAUCCUGGAGAGUGGAACUUUGAGGCUCCUGAUUAAGAAAUUAGCAGGACAUGGAACUGAAAUCAUUACAGGCAGUGGUUUAAAUGAUGGCCUGUGGCAUUCUGUCAGCAUCAAUGCCAGGAGAAAUCGUGUUACUCUCACACUGGAUAAUGAUGCUGCAUCCCUGCCUCCAGACACCUCCUGGUUACAGAUCUAUUCUGGAAAUAGUUACUACUUUGGAGGGUGCCCUAGCAAUCUCAACGAUUCCCAAUGCUUAAACCCCAUUAAGGCUUUCCAAGGCUGCAUGAGACUCAUCUUUAUUGAUAACCAGCCCAAGGACCUCAUUUCAGUUCAGCAAGGUUCCCUGGGGAGUUUUAGUGAUUUACACAUUGAUCUGUGUAGCAUCAAAGACAGGUGUUUGCCAAACUACUGUGAACAUGGAGGACACUGUGCCCAGACCUGGACUACCUUCUACUGCAAUUGCAAUGACACUGGUUACACAGGAGCUACUUGUCAUGACUCCACCUAUGAGCAAUCCUGUGAGGUAUACAGACACAGAGGGAACCCAUCUGGGUUUUUCUAUGUUGACUCUGAUGGCAGUGGACCACUGCAACCACUCCAGGUGUACUGCAAUAGUACUGAGGAUAAGAUCUGGAUGACUAUUCAGCACAACAACACAGAGCUGACUCAAGUACAGGGUUUUAAUAUGGAGAAGCCUUAUUCUAUGACCUUAAAUUAUGGUGGCAGUAUGGACCAGCUGGUGGCUCUGAUUGAUGGCUCAGAAUACUGUGAACAGGAGGUGACAUACCACUGCAAGAGAUCUCGCCUGCUUAACAGACCAGAUGGAGCCCCACUCACCUGGUUGAUUGGGAGGUCCAAUGAAAGGGACCCCUACUGGGGAGGUUCUGUUCCUGGAGUCCAGCAGUGUGGAUGUGGGCUGGAGGAGAGCUGCCUCGACAGUCGACACUUUUGCAAUUGUGAUGCUGACACAGAUGAAUGGGCAAUCCAUACUGGCUUUCUUUCCUUCAAAGAUCACUUGCCUGUAACUCAGAUAAUCAUCACUGACACAAACAGAUCAAACUCAGAAGCUGCUUGGAGAAUUGGCCCUUUGCGUUGCUAUGGUGACCGACACUUCUGGAAUGCUGUCUCAUUUUCUACUGAAGCUUCUUACCUCCACUUUCCUGCCUUCCGCGUGGAAUUCAGCACUGACAUUUCCUUCUUUUUUAAAACAACUGCUUUAUCUGGAGUUCUCAUAGAAAAUCUUGGCAUUAAAGAGUUCCUCCGACUUGAAAUCACGUCUCCUUCCGAAAUCACAUUUGCCAUUGAUGUUGGGAAUGGCCCCACUGAACUCCUUGUCCAGUCUCCUUCUCCUCUGAAUGACAACCAAUGGCAUUACAUCUUGGCUGAGAGAAACCUUAAGGAGACCUUAUUGCAGGUGGACAACCUUCCUCGGAGUAUGAGAGAGACCUCAGAAGGAGGCCAUUUCCAAGUUGGGCUGAAUAGCCAAUUGUUUGUAGGAGGAACAUUAUCAAGGCAAAAAGGCUUCCUUGGAUGUAUCCGUUCCCUACAAUUGAAUGGGCAGAAAAUAGAUCUGGAGGAGAGGGCAAAGGUAACCUCUGGAGUCAAACCUGGCUGUCCAGGUCACUGUAGCAGCUAUGGAAGCAACUGCAACAAUGGGGGGAAGUGUGUGGAGAAGGAUAGUGGCUACUCCUGUGACUGUACCAACUCACCAUAUGAAGGACCUUUCUGCCAGAAAGAGAUUUCAGCUCUUUUUGAUUCUGCCACCUCUAUUACAUACAUGUUUCAAGAACUACACCUGGUGACCAAGAACACAAACACCUCAUCUUCAGCUAUCUACACAGAUACAGCUCCAUCCAAAGAAACCAUCAUGCUGCGUUUUGUGACAGCACAAGCUCCGACCCUCUUGCUCUACCUCAAUUUCUCUUCUCAGAGUUUUUUUAGUAUCCUGCUCUCCAGGAAUGGAAGUUUACAGAUUCAUUAUCGACUAGGCAAGGGAGAAAGUCACAUGUUCAUCAUCAGCGUAGAGAAUCUGGCCAACAGAAGAGUGCACCAGGUGAAGAUGAGACGAGAUGGGUCAGAACUUUCCAUUCAGAUGGACCAGCAACGCUUCACCUAUAAGUUCUCCCCAGAAGUGGAGUUCCAGACAGUGAGGUCACUCAUCCUAGGCAAAGUCACAGAGACUCUUGGGAUGGAUCCACAAGUUGCUAUAGCAAACUCCUUGGGUUUUAUUGGAUGCCUUUCUUCAGUCCAAUACAAUCACAUAGCACCACUGAAGGCAGCCCUCCGCCAUGAUAGCAUUGCACCUGUGACUGUCCAAGGGACCUUGAGAGAAUCCAGCUGUGGCUUCAUGGUAGACUCUGAUGUGAAGGCAGUGACCACUGUGUAUUCUUCAUCAGAUCCCUUUGGAAAGAGAGAUGAGCGUGAUCCACUCACAAAUGCAGUACAAAGUGACUCUGCAGUCAUUGGAGGUGUCAUAGCAUUGGUGACAUUUAUCACUUUUUGUGUCAUUGGAAUCAUGACUCACUUCCUCUAUCAGCACAAGCAAUCGCACCAUAUCAGUCACACGAAGAAAGAAUACCCAGAAAACUUGGAGACUUCCUUUAGAAAUAAUAUUGACUUGGAAAACACAACCAGCAAGUGCAAGCGGGAAUACUUUAUAUGAGACACUACAGAAUUGUUUGGUCCUUUUUAUUGUGGAGGUUCCCUUUCUA